CUCUUUUUCCUUGGUGUGUCACACACUACGCUUUUCAACAGACACGCAAUUCACUGGUUAGCAGUUUCCAGCCCGCCGUUGUUGGGCCAUUGGAACCCCCGACUUCGGAAACGAAACAAAACACAACAUCCAGCCGUUGCCUGCGGCUCCCAGCCGGCUCCACCCGCGGAGCCAUUGCCGUCAUUAAGCCGCUCCCUUUACGAAUCGAAUCGUGACUGUUGAUCGUCCUGGAGUAACACCAAGGGAUGAAGUACGGGGAGCAAUUUGCGCAGGAGUCUGCACCACAAUGGAGCCUCCAUAACAUCGACUAUAACUCGCUGAAGCAUCACAUUAAGGUGCACACUACUAAAGACCAGGCCACGGCCAUCGCAAUCCCCGGCCGGCAGAACACAGCACUGAGCAAGUUCGAAGAUGACUUCUACGCGGAGCUGUGCCGGCAGCAUGACCGGGUUGAUUUGUUCGUCACCAGCAAGGCCGACGAGGUUGCGCGACGACUGCAGCAUCUGUCGGCUCAAAUACACCGGCUCAUCCUGCGCUGUGCGACGUCGGGGCUGGACCGCAUCCCCUUGAAGAGACAGCAGCGGUUUGCCAAAUACGAGCAAGCGCUGCUGCAAUGCGGCGACGACAUCAAAUCUCUCGAGCGCUUCGUCGGCGCCCAGGUCGUCGCAUUCCGAAAAAUACUUAAGAAGUACAGGAAGUGGACUGGCUCCUCGACUCUGAGCUCCCGCUUCAGGGAAGGCACCCUCGCGAACCCAAAGAGCUUCACCCGCCGCGACUUCUCCCAGCUGCACACCCAGUACAACGACAUCCUAGAGACACUUCAUGCAGCGUUGCCUACCACCCCAGAUGGUAGGAUUGCGCUCCCCGCGCUCGAAUCCCAGUCGUCCCAGUCAUCCCAACCGUCCCGGCCGGCCACUGCGCAGCUCUCUCCCAGCGAGACGGUCGUCGCCGAGCAACCGCAGCCCAGUGCCGGGUACUGGAACGAGUACGAGUGCGGUAGCGAAGCGGGCGAUUUCGACCGCAACGGCGACAGCGAGUACGCCAUCUACAUUGACCCCAACGCCGAGGUCGGCUUCCCAGGGAUGAAAACGCUCAGCCGGUUCCUGGCGAAGCCCUUCAGCAAACUGGCAGCCUGGACGUCCCGACGCCAUCCAGACGGCGCGCCGUACGACAAUCCCGAGCGCGGGCCUCUCCUACCGACGCACUUCACCGCCAGCCCCUACGGCUCGACCCACUCGCCCGCCGAACCGAGCUACUUCACGACCCCGCCGGGCGGCGCCGCCGGGACGGCCACCGAGACGGACCUCGAAGACGAUCGCAGCAGCGCUCGCUACCCCUCCAACCGACACAGCCGCCGCAACUCGGCCUCGUACAGGGGCUACACGUCCUCCUCGGACGACCACUUCUUCCCGGCCGGCUACAGCGUCCAUUACGCGGCCUACUCCCUGCCCAGCAUCUCGGAGCAGCGGGUCGCCCGGUACAGGGAACGGGUGCUGCUGUGGGGGACGUGGGCCUCCUUCGCCGUGUCGUAUGUGUUGAUGGGCAUCGCGGCCGUGCUGAUCAUGACCGGGCGGCAUAAAAUGAGGCUGGAGGUGGACGCCGGCGUGACGUUGGGGAUCAUGACAAGCCUCGGGCUGGGGUGUGCGGGCUUGUGUAUGACCGGGUCGCGGAGCGAUAGGAUCAGUCUGCUAGGGAGGCUGGCGGUGUGGGCUGCUUUCGUUGGGUGUUGCUUGGUGAACGGGGCGUUGCUGGUAUUGGUCGUGGGGAACACCGGCGUAUGAUGGUUCCUGAGCGGGAGUGGGCAUGACACGAGGUGAUGAUUGCAUGUCUUCGGGAGCAUCUGCCCCCCGACG